UUGACAAGUAUGAGGUUGAACACCGAAACAAAAUGAAGUUUUAAAGCAAAUAAAUGGUGAAUGUUCGUUAAAUUGAUUAACAAUUAGUAGUUUACAACCAUGGCUGCUGAUCCAAGGCGUGGAUACGCUAAAGUUACCAUGAGAGAAGGAAAGGAGAAGGGAUCAGUAAGCCGAAUAAAAAAACUCAAGCGAAGAAUCUCGGCAAGCUUUGGACGUCUCUCAAUUUCAAAGGAAGACACAAUCCAUGAAUCAGAUCAAGAGAGUCAAGACGAACUACUCACAAAUGGCGAGUCUUCCAAAGCAAGCUCUCUGUCUCCGCCCGACCUUGCGUUACAGCGAUGUUUGCACAACGGGGACUACGUUAUAGAGAACCAAACUUAUAACAAACAUCAAGGCGGGUACCACACCCUAGGUCGCCAGGGAUCGUAUACCAGCGGGCCGCCACAAACUUACCUUUCAACUUUUACUGCAAACACCCAUGCGCCAGUAAAGCGUCACAAUUCGGCAGGUGAUAUGCUUGACGAUAAACAAUACGACAGCUCCGGAGAAUCAAGGUCAGGUCGCCCAAGGUCCGAAGGUCACAAAUAUAACCAUUCUUUCUGCAAAAAAAGGGCUUCCAGCUAUGCAGGCAAUCCCCCCUUUGGUCGCGCAGACUCUUACCAGAAGUUGGAACAACUGGGGGAGGGAUCCUACGCCACCGUGUACAAGGGCCUCGUCAGUUUGACGGACCAGAUUGUGGCGUUGAAAGAAAUCCGUAUCAACACAGAAGAAGGAGUCCCAUUUACUGCUAUUCGAGAAGCUUCCCUGUUGAAGGGCUUGAAGCAUGCGAACAUUGUCACCCUCCAUGAUAUAAUCCACACCAAGGAGACACUGACGUUCGUGUUUGAAUUUGUUAAUACUGAUUUAAGCCAAUAUUUAGAAAAACAUCCAGGUGGAUUAAACACAUAUAAUGUUAAGUUAUUUCUGUAUCAACUUUUGCGAGGGUUGGCCUAUUGUCAUCAACGUAGAAUUCUACACAGGGAUCUCAAGCCACAGAAUUUGCUGAUAAGUGAAAGUGGUGAACUCAAGUUAGCGGACUUUGGUUUAGCACGAGCAAAGUCAAUACCUAGUCACACAUAUUCCCACGAGGUCGUCACGCUAUGGUAUCGACCACCUGAUGUACUUUUGGGGUCAACAAACUAUUCCACCUCGCUUGACAUGUGGGGAGUUGGAUGUAUAUUCACCGAGAUGCUGUCGGGGGUUGCAACUUUUCCUGGUAUGAAGGAUGCCUACGAUCAACUUGACCAGAUCUUUAGGAUUCUGGGGACGCCGACUGAGGAAACCUGGGAGGGAGUGACCAAGUUCCCGCAGUACGACAAAAAGAAGUUUGUAGUGUAUUCCAAACAGGGUGUGUCCAUGGUGAUACCGAAGCUUUCAUAUUUACCUCACGCUGAGGACCUAGUCAAUGAUUUCUUACAGAUGGACCCGAAGAAAAGAAUCUCUGCACGUGAAGCGAUGACACACGACUAUUUCUGUGAUCUUCCUCCGAAAAUCCAUGAGCUACCUGCUGCCUCUUCCAUAUUCAACAUUCCUGGCCUGAAGGUGUACCCGGAAAUGGACGACAUGAUUCAAGCGACAUCCGCCUCUCCUGGCAAGCCCGUGAGGCGAUCACGCAUACGGACUACAUUCAAAGUGUGAUCCCCCGAAUAUGGGGGAUUUUCUAGAAGUGUAAACCCCAAUAAACCCCAAACAAAGGUGUGAUCCUGUGUUGUUCAUUGGAUCAACUCUGAAAGUGUGACUCCACAUUUUUAAAAAAAAGACGAUUUACUUGAAGUGUGAGACGCGAUUAACACAAAGUGUGAUUCUUCAAAUAAAGGAGGUUGAGUUAAAGUGAGAUUCCCCAGUUUUUAACGGGAGGGGAUUAACUCUUAGGUAUGACCCCAAAUAUAUGAACAGAGGGGAUUUACUGAAAGUGUGACCCCAAAUAAAAUGGGUAAGUCAGAGUGGAAUCCUGAAAUAAAAGUGUGACCCUAAAUUAAGGGUUUCGGUAAAUCAAAACAUUAUCCUCACUUCUUGGAAAUUUACAUUGCAGAACAGAACAGAACAGAACAUGAGGUCGACCAUCAUUGCUGAAUAGAUUAAUAUGUAUUCCUUAUACAAGUAUAAUUGGCUUAGUUGUGCAUGAUAUCUGAACAACCAAAAGUUUGAUUCUCAUAAAAUUGUAGGGAACGCACUUGUUCCUAAGUGUAGUCCUAAUACUAUUGAGAAAUGUUUAGCAUGGACAACCAUCAAAAAUGUAAUUCUCACUCAAAUUAGUUUUAAAAAAUGUUUUUAGAAACAAAUAUAUUUUAAUAUUGAUUUAAAGCCCAAAUACUGUAAAUGGCAAUAUGUUCAUUUUUGUUAUGUGAAAAUCAUAAUGGUUGCAUUUUGGAAAUAUAUGUCAUUUUUGGUAACAAUACGCAAAAGUUGACUGUUAAUAUUGUUAUCUUGUGUUUUUUCCUGUAAAGCUAAAUUCAAUGUUAUAAAAAGCUGCAUCUUUUAUUACUAUUAUUGAUGUGUUUUUUUGUAAAAGAAAUUGGAUAAUUGAAAAAUGAGUUUCAUUUUUUGGAAAAAAACAUUCAGUCAAUAUUUAACCCUUACCAUGCAGGGUCUGAAUAUAUUUGGACUUAGUUGUGUGUAACCUAAUUCAUGCUAAGUCCGGAUAUUUUCCGACCGUGAUAUUUACCUGUGGAUGUUCACCAAAUCCAGAGGUACCACAAUGUUUAAAUAUUGUAUGUAUUUUUUGCUAAUGAAUUUUUCAAGCAAGUAUGGAUGCAACAUUCCAACAACAAAAUGUAUACCUCAAAUUGAAGAAAGUAUCUUAAGUAUAGAAAAUUCACUUACAAAAAUAUCAUGUUAGAAAAUCGUUUUAUGACUUUUGAGAUUUAAGUUUCAGAUUUCGUUUUGCUGUAUGUUUUUCUUUUAACAUGUUUUAUUUGACAAGAUUUUGAGAUUUUGUCUUUAUUUAUAUGACUUACUCGAAGACAUACAAUGGAUAAAAACCUUGAUUAUGCAAUAUAAAUAUUGUUUUGUUUUACAUGCAAACGUUUUUACAAAAUUCCUGGAAAAUUCCUUAAAACCGACAUUGAAUUUUGCAAAGUUCCUGAUUUGAGACUUGCACAAAGCUUAUUUAUUUGUCUGUUGGACACCUAUCUAUCACAUAUUAUAAGUAAGUGUCAUGUUCAUUAGCGCUCUACUUUACUGGUAUAAUAAAAUCAUCAGCUUGCUUAUGGGGUUGUGUAUUAUAGUUUUAUUUUUUUGUUUUUGUACAACAGCAUUUCAGCCAUUGAUUUUUGUUUCACAUAAUGAAGAACCAUGAUUUUUUUGAUUUUUUUUUCCUUUACAUGUAACUUGAAGUAAAAAAUGGCUGAAACGUGUUAAAUCUCAUCAGGCCUCAUGCAAUAAAAAAUGCAAAAUUCUGGGUUAACUAAAAAUGUAAAAAAAAAAGGCUUGAAAGUCUAUUUUGAUGGAUAAUUUCCACUUCGGUAUGUUUUUUAAAUAUAAAAAAAAUCUUAAUUUCUUCAUAAUAGAUUGAACAUAUGUCUUAAAACGGCUGGGAUUUCUUAGUUCAGUCGUUCAACAAUAAGCUAUUUCAUUUUUAUUGAACAUAGGCCCAAGUUACAUGUUCUUAAUUUUUGUCAUUGCAUGGUUUUAUCUUUCACAAAAAAACACUUCGCUGAUUUUUGUUUUUAAACAAUAAUUUGUAUAUGAAAUUCUUUCAGCGUCAGUUGUCUAUGUCUUAACAUGUUAUGAAAGCAUUAAUAAUUAUGUUAAAUAUUUCAAACUGAUAAUAAAUUGACUUUUUUUUAUCUGGUUUAUUAUGUUACAAUAAUAAUUUUAAAGCAGUAUUAAAGAUAUGUUACAAACAUUUUUAUGCUGCUUUUUUGUUGAGAAUGCACUUUAAGUGCUAUAUAUUGUUGUUUAUUAUUUUUAUGCCAUUUCUGCCAAACAUUGUCUUCUGCUGUUAGGACACACCAAAAUAAUGUUUUGUUUCAUGAAUUUACUGCACCUAUUAUUAAAAAAAUAAAAUAAUAAUUUAGAAAAAUAACUUGAGCAACGGUUCAUAGUUUUGAUUCUGGAUAAAAAAUAACAAAUAAAUACCCUCUUUCUUUCUGUCUUAGGCAACACCCGGGGGAGUCAAAUUAAAGAACAUUAGAGGUAUGAUCUGUUGGUUUAUUAUACUUAAAGCUGCACUCUCACAGAUGGACCGUGUUGACAAGUUUUUAUUUCUUCUGUCGUGGAAUGAGCUAAUAUUUGCGUAUAUCUCUGACAAAACAUUGAUAUAAGACUGCUGAAAAAAGAUCAGAUCUCAUUUUAUCCUAUUUAUGUUCAAAAAUAAAUGUUUUAUAGCUAUGAGUGUUACUAAACAGGAUAGGAUAAAUUAGGGUUUUUUUACAUAAAAAAAGUAAAUAUGGAAACCUGCGUUCUGAUCUUUUGUACGCAGUCUUAUAUCACUGGUUUCCACACAUUUAUGCAAAAAUUGACUGAUUCUAAGACCAAAAAAAUAAUAAAAAUUUGUCAAACCGGUCAAUCUGUGAGAGAGCAUCUUUAAAUAACACCCAUAUCGGCGUACGAAGUUAUGAUUAUACAGCAUUUUCAUUGUUAAGGAUACUUAUGUAGGAAAAAAUGUUUUUCACUUUUUAAUGCUCAUUUUUGUAAACAAAAUGUUUGUUUUUUUAUAUUUUUGUAUUUUUAUUAUGCUCACUUGCUCCAAUUUCUCCUGACCUUAAUACGUAGAACCAAAACAUUAAUUGGUGCGGCCUUAUAGUUGUUUUUUUAUGUUAUGUAGUGAUGUAAAUUUUUUGGUUUAUUUUUGUUUUUAGUUUAUAGAGGUUAAACCUUUAAAAUAUCUUUUAAUAUUUUUUGAUAGUUGGUAAAUGCUUAUUAUAUUUUAUCUUAUUUGUAUAUGACUUGAGGUGAGUUUUUUUACUCACUUUUUUGGGAUGGGGAUUUUCUGAUUGGGAAAAAUGUGUUAUUUUGCCUACAAUAUUUGGAAUUCCAAAUGUGCCUAGAAAUGCACAAGAAUGCUUAAAACAACAUUUGCAGUAAAGAUAUAAGAAUGUGACGGGUUUUUUUUAGAAUACGGCUUUUUCUUCAAUAAUAACAGUCAUGAUUUGGGUGUGCAGAUAUUUUAUGUUUUGUUUUCCCUGUUUUUUUUAAACAGAAAUUUGAAAAUUUAUUCCUGCUUUUGGGAUUAUUUAUUAUGCCCCCUUUUGAAAAAAGUGGGGUAUAUUGUUUUGCACAUGUCGGUCGGUCGGUCGGUCGGUCGGUCGGUCGGUCGGUCUGUCUGUCUGUCGGUCGGUCGGAAUACCAAAUGGUUUCCGAUCAAUAACUUGAGAACGCUUUGACCGAGGGACCUCAUACUUGGUAUGUGUAUUGGUCAUCACCAGCAGAUGAACCCUAUUGAUUUUGAGGUCAGUGGGUCAAAGGUCAAGGUCAGUGUGACCUUUACAUGAAAAACGGUUUCCGAUCAAUAACUUGAGAACGCUUUGACCCAGGAACCUCAUACUUGGUAGGUGUAUUGGUCAUGACCAGCAGAUGAACCCUAUUGAUUUUGAGGUCAGUGGGUCAAAGGUCAAGGUCAGUGUGACCUUAACAUGAAAAACGGUUUCCGAUCAAUAACUUGAGAACGCUUUGACCCAGGGACCUCAUACUAGGUAGGCUUAUUGGUCAUGACCAGCAGAUGAACCCUAUUGAUUUUGAGGUCAGUGGGUCAAAGGUCAAGGUCAGUGUGACUGUAAGCUGAAAAAAGGUUUUCUGAUUGUCCAUAUUUUAUUUAAGUGUCCAAAUCCUACUAACAAUUUGGCUCCCAAGGGGGCAUAAAUGUUUCACUAACAUCUCUUGUUUCUUUUAUUGCGGAACUUCGACCCAAAACUGGUUUGAAAAAACGUCACUGACUUGCCAACUUAUAAAUAGAUUUUAUUUCAUUUUAUCUGAUAUUUCAACACAAGGUAUUUACAUUAUAGUUUAAAUUUCAGUGGUUUCGGCAUCAUUAAGACAUGUAUAAUAAAUUUCAUUGCCAUUUUUACAUAGCUUAUAUGUCAUUUAUUUUCUUCCAUUCAAAACGCUUCAUGUAAUCGAAUAUGUCCCAAGUUUUAUUUUAUAUACAUUGCUGUUCAAAUUUUCAUGUUUUUUUUCUUAAAGAGAGGUUUUAUGAUUUUUUAAGGAAAAAUCAUGAAUUUCAAUAAUGUGAUGACAAUGCUUCUGCUGUUGAUAAAAGUUGUCAUUAUUUAUUUUAUGAAUGUGUACUGAAGUUAUUUGACCCACAGUCGUUUUUUUUUUUCAA